AUGGUUUCAACAGUAAUUCGUUGUUUUGUAUUCAUUCUAUUCAGAUGUGUUCAUCAUCCUCGAUGUCAUAAUCUUCCUGUUUGUUAUCCAGUGCCCAGUUUCAAUCGACAACUCUGUCCACCGAGAGCAACGAUGAACACUUCAACAACAACGUCAAUGCCAACUACAACGACAACUGCAAGAACUACUCAGCAACUAGGUAAGCAUUAUAUUAACACUUUUUGAUCUUGACUAUCACUAAUUUUUAAUGAAGUAUAUACAGUUCUUUUGUAUGCAAUAUUACUUUACAGUUAGCUGAACCUGAUAUUGAGAAGAUCAGCAAUCUUAUAUUAUGAGUGAUUAAAUCUUUAUCAUAAGAAAAAAAAAAUUAAUAGUAAUCCCCAUGUUGAUUAUUUUUCGUCACUAUUGAAUUGUACUUCGAUUUAUUGAUAUCUACUAAACGAAAUCCAUUUUUUCUCUUCGUUUGAUACUACUAUAUAUGUUGCCUUUCAAACAAAGAUGCUUUAUUUCAAUUUAAUAAAACAUUUGGCUUCAGAUAUUAUAAAAAUGCACUAUAUUCUAAAAGUCUCGUCCCUUUCUUCCCUAUCUGAUUUCACACAAUUUUAAAGUCUGGUGUCUCAAUUCUGCCAGAAACUGUUUUUGAAACAUUUUAUUCAUCGUUUUAACUAUCAAGAUCACAAAGAGCUUCUUUUUAGUUUCCGAUAAAGAGUAAACAUUUCACUGUCGAAUGAUAUAAGGUUAGUCAAAAACGAAUUAGUUGACCAUUUAAAAGAACCGCUAGAAUAAGUCUAGAGAACAUUUUGAUUGUUAUGUGCGCUUCAUCCAUAUCACUUACUACAUAUAAAUCAACUAAGAGUAUUUGACGUAUGCAGAAACAUAUUGACUCGUGCCCUAGAGGAUCUUUAGUAAUGACUCACUAAAAAUACAUAAAAUAUUGAAAUAAUUUUAAAAAAACAUUCUAAUGGUUUCUUUAACAGGUUAAAUUAAGUGCUUUUAUUUGUUUUCAGCGCAAAUUUCAUGAUUGUUACCGUGUCGAAAAGCUAAAACACAUAUCAACGCCUAAAUAUUCGUUAAGAAAACAUAUUUUUCCUCGUAUUGUCUCCUUCCUUUUAAAGCAACUGAACGCGUUUAGACGCAGCAUCUUUGCUCUAAUUGCUUGUAUUCAUAUGAACACAUCUGAUAUGGGAAUUGUUAUUUAUAGACUACUCUGAUUUUUUAAAAUCAGAAUGACAAGUCAAUUUUUGAACAAUCAUUAAAAGAAAAAAGGAUAUUCUUAAAGGUAUGCGACUACUUUUUUCUCUUCACAUAUGUGCGAGUUGAUACCUCUUUCUACUAUCUAUUUGUUUACUUUGUUAAUUUAUUAUUUUUUCUCAAAAUUCAAAAUGUGAUUUUGAUCUAUUUGCAAUAUAGCAGAGUUAACGCUGUAUUUUUUCCAUUCAUAUUUCUAAAAUUUGUACGAUCGUUUAUUCUUAUUAUGUUAAGAAUCUAUUGCUGAUUUAUUUGACGAUCAACUUUUCUUAGAACUAUCGAAAAUUAUUGCUGUUUUCAUUUUUGUAUAGAUAAGUAUUUUUAAAUUCUGAAGAUUUAACAUUGUUAGAAGAAAAAUAAAACAAGUCUAACAGUGAUAAAAUAGAAAAUGAACUAUGUUUGUUUUUUUCAUCAUCUUGCAAAUGAAUAAAGGAUGCUCAUUGAAUAGAAUCGAUUGAAUUAUAUAAGAGUAUGUUUCUCCUUCGUCUGUUAACGUUAAGAUAUCUUUCUAUUUAUCGUGAUGACGAUGAGAGAAGUUCCCGUGUUUCUCACUGCAUCCACUGAUUUUGCUCAGAAGUAGACAAAUAAAUAGACUAUGCAUCAAACCUGAGACAGUCAUAUGAUUUGUUACUCUUUCUUUUCGCAAUCAAUGAAUACAUUGAAAUUCUAAACCCUUUUUAAUGAGUUUUGUUCGAUCUCAAGUGACAGUGUGCUUUGAGUUUUGAUGAGUCCUUAUCUCUUUAGAAUAAUUUAGUAUAUCGACUAUUUAAAGUUUGUAGGAAGUUUAUUUUAACGGCUGCAUCGUUUAUUUACAUGUUGAAAUGUACAUGUUUUUCUUCAGUUCUAUUUUGUUUAUCUUCAUAUUAUUUCUAUUAAUAUUCUAAUUCGUUUUCGGUGGAUUAUUGAUUUCAUCAUCCAUUUUUUGUAUGAAUAGUGUCAUUUUUUUCUCUUUUAUUCGUAGUAUGUGAUAACUAGUUUUUUCUUCGGCAACUUAUUGUCA